AUGGAAAACGCAGAUUCAAACCUGGAACCCGAUGACGCAGAUCUAGACGAGGCAUCAUUCAGCAACGAGGGUUUCUCAACCAUACAAGAAAACAUCGAAUCCCUAGGUAGCGACAACCACCACAUGCAGACAGACUCGGGUGAGAGUUAUCUGCCCAAGUCAUUGCUAGACGCUGUAAAAGACAGUUACGAAAUGACACCUAUCGAUGGGAGUUUUCAUUCCGAGAGGUUGGAAGAUCAUUCACAAAGCAGCAGCAAUGAAGAGAUAAAUAACUCCAGUGAGUAUCUAUUUCCUGAAAAUCUAGAGGACGAAAUAGCUAAUGAAUUGGUCAAGAAAUCUUCUGGCUCUAUGGGACAUUCACACGUGCAAAGUCCAAAUAUUUUCGCUAGGGACAACUAUUUCAAGCGGCCUUUAGACCCUGUUGGAAGCAGUUUUAUUAAACGCACUGCGGGACCUCGAAUCAGUUCCUUCCUAAAGAAACCCCUUGAUACCAUCGGCAGUAGUUUUAUUAAGAAGAGUAUCGGUUCCAGAAGCAAUUCCUUUCACAGAAGACCAGUCGAUAUCAUUGGGAGCAGUUUCAUAAAGAAAAAUAUGGAUUCCAGAAAUAAUUACUUUUUGAGACGACCCAUAGAUAUUAUUGGCAGUAGUUUCAUUAAAAGGAAUAUCAAUUCCAGAAGUAAUUCCUUUCUCAGAAGACCCCUCGAUGCUAUAGGGAGUACUUUCAUUAAGAAAAGUAUCGAUUCCAGAAGUAAUUCUUUUCAAAGAAGACCUCUCGAUGCAAUUGGGAGUAGUUUCAUUAAGAAAAGUAUCGAUUCCAGAAGUAAUUCUUUUCAAAGAAGACCUCUCGAUGCAAUUGGGAGUAGUUUCAUUAAGAAAAGUAUCGAUUCCAGAAGUAAUUCUUUUCAAAGAAGACCUCUCGAUGCAAUUGGGAGUAGUUUCAUUAAGAAAAGUAUCGAUUCCAGAAGUAAUUCUUUUCUUCGAAGACCCCUCGAUGCUAUAGGGAAUAGUUUCAUUAAGAAAAAUUUCGAUCCCAGAAGUAGUUCCUUUCUCCGACGACCCAUCGAUACAGUUGGGAGCCGUUUCAUUAAACGAAAUAAUCAAGGAAUCAACUUUUUGAGAAGACCACUAGAUAAAAUUGGAAGCAGUUUCAUCAAGAAAAACAUCGACUCUUUCGACGAUCCAUUUCUGAAACGACCGAUUGAUCCCAUUGGACGAGGUCUGAUAAAAAGAAAUGUCGAUUCAAUCCGUCGAUCGUUUCUCAAAAGGCCACUGGACACCAUUGGUAGCAGAUUUAUCAAACGGAGCAAUAACGGCGCCAGACUGUUCACUAGAAGACCUCUUGAUUCAAUAGGCAGUGCAUUUAUCAAACGCGGGAACAUCUUUUACGACGCAGGCGGAGACUACACCAAGCGACCAAGCAAAAUGUCAUGGAGAGGUUUCUUGAAGAGACCACUAGAUACCAUCGGGUCUAGUUUUAUCAAAAGAGGACCAGUUGUUGACCAUAGUUCCGAUUAUUAUAUGGAUUAA